AUGGAUCACCACCCGAUUCGAGCACAGACUCAACCCCAACCACGGAGCGAACGAUGGGCUCCCGAGAUCUACGUCCAUUUGGAGUUCAGGGUCUCAUGGGGCGGCAAGAAACAACAGCAACAGCCCCCAAAGAACCACCAGAUCACCUUUAGGUCCCGCGGUCCACGGGAAAGGUCCCCUGCUUUCCCGCGUCAAGUGCCCGCACCCAACACCAACUACCUCGCCGCCAUCCACAACUUUGACCAGAGACAAGCCAGAGCCCGCGAGAACCGCCAGAACAACCCGCACAGGCAUCACCAGAUGCAGGAGUACUACCAGGGGGAACAACCACGGGAACUGCACCUGCAACAGCAACAGCAACGGCAACAGCCUCGGCAACCACGGCAACAACCACGACAACAGCCACGCACACAUCUUGAAGUACCAGUCAUCCAGGAACCAGAGCGGCCAACGAGGGCGGAUACCCGCUCCUCAUCCCAUGAGCGAGGCCGCUCUGCCCCGCCUCCCAUCGGCGAGAACCCGUGGGACGUAAACAUCCCCCACCUCCAGGCAAGGAAUUCAGAGAUGCCCCCUUCCGAACGCAAUCCCGCAGAAAUCAGGCGGAAACCAUUGCCCGCACCCCCGUCACAGUUCCGCCUCGGCGACGGAGGCCAACCAUGGUCAACAUGGUCUCUACCAGACGGCUACGACCCAGACACGCACCCCAAAGACGAGGAAGACUACGGCGACUACGACACGUACGAAUCCAUCCCCGUCAUCUCGGAGCCCGGCGACCGCAACUCAACCACCUACGCCACGAACCCCACCAUGGUCUCUACCUUCUCGCCCGAGCCCGCCUUCGUCGCGGCCGAGCCUACCAUCACCAUCUCACCGGAACCCUCCUCCUCGUCCGCCCCCGUGCGCGACGUCGAAACCGGCCGGGCCAAGGAGCUUGGCGCGCUCUCGGCGGCCAUGAUGACGGUGGACAACGGCUUCGAGACUCAGUGGUGGAACCAGGGCCGGCGCGACACCGUCUUCAGCAACAACAGCGCCACCGACGACCCCACCACCCCCGACGAGAGCCCCAUCCACCGCUGGUCCUCCACGGCGGCCAUGUCCUCCACCGCCCACCCUGUCGAGGCCCGCCUCCCGGCUGGUGUUGUCUCCCCGCUGACCGAUGCCGCCUUCAGCCCGGCUCAGGUGCCGGCUUCGCUGUUGCAGCGCACGCUGUCGACGCGGUCGGAGGAGCUUUGGUUUCGUGAGAGGGGUCACUAG